AUGAAAGUUCAUGUUCUACUCGAACCCACGACCUCUGGAGUUAAGGCCGUCAGAGGGGCGGCCGGGCCUGCCAAGGCCAUAACCUUGACGAAGCUACCCACCCGAAUAUCAGCAACUUCAGUCGAUCGACUCAGCGGCUUCACCAUCCGCGCCGGCACCUUCGAGACCUUUACGGAAGGAAGGAUAGGCGCCCGGAACGGCCCAGUCACAGGCAGGGCCUGGAACCACUGGGAAACGGCGGCUGUUACGGCGGACGGCGGGGAACCCGGCCGGCCGCCAGCCUCCAACAGCUCCGAGGGCCAGGCGGUGGAGCUGGAAUGCCCGACUAUUCGGAAAGGACCUUGUCAUCUACGACCCCCUUCCGCAGCCGGACGUGACGCCAACGGCCCGGAUGCAAGACGCUCUCCGCGAGCACAAGCGCCACCUGCUGGCGGAGCCGAACAAGAGGAACACCACCGUGGCCGGUCUUUAGUAUUACACCGGCCAGCUCUCGCCCUGGCUGGCGACGAAGACGACGCUCGCAAUAACUACAAGGGCCAUUUUAUGAAGUGUCGUGGACUUGUCAAUCCCACUGGCUCAGAAAAGAGAGCUUCUGGCAGCCACAGCCAGGAUGGUGAUACCAGCAGGAAGAAUUCCAGAACCCGGCCUGAACUUGCUUUGUUCACGGCGUCGCCGGGCCCCAAAUGUCGGACUCUUUGCCCGGCCCUUCUCCGCCUUGGCAGGCUACCUGCGAAACAUGCCUCGCGAAGCGCAGGAGCAAGAUCAGAACAAGGUCGGUCUGAUGUCCGAUUUGGAACACCGGGCCCUUCACAAUACCAGCAGAAAGGAUCCGAAGGUCAGAAGGACCUCGCAAGGCGAGGUGACCAGCCCGCCUACAAAAGUCGAGAUGUUGGGGGGUUGUGGUUGACCGACAGCGGUAGUUCGUUUACGUGA